GGUGUCCGCGCGCCGCAUACACGCGCGUGCGGAUUCUUCGCAGUAAGCCGUCCUGUGGGACACGUGUAGUACUCUAGUUAGCGCUCUACCAGUCUCUCAGCCUGCUGUGAUGAUUCACUGACAAGCUUACCUGCCGAAGGAGUCGUGAAGACUGUGAUCCAAAGCAAGGAGACCAGGCCCUGGAAGCGGCUUGCUGCAGACCGUGCAGUCCUGCUGGAUCUGCUUUCCUGUCGCUGUCUUCCCGAGCUGGCCAGGAAAUGUCGUUCGUGCAGGCGAGACUGAGGAUUGCCGUACCUCUUGUCUGUGUCCACGUUAACGAAGAAGAGGGAGAAGUGGUGGGGCCUGUGACGGGCUGUUAGCAGCAGCAAGGAGGUCUUUUAGCUAGCUCGAUUCUGACUGCUCGUGUGUCAGGUGCGACCUUGUUGAUGUUGUUGCUGGCGGUAUAACGUGUAGCUGUUGACUACGGCUGCAUCAAAAGAAAGAAAAAGGCACGCUUCCACCACUUGCGGGUACGGUGGGGAUAGCCGUAGUAAGUCAACAGCUGGUCCCCACGGUCGACACCACCCAUGUACUGUUUGUACUCGACCACCGCCUGGGCUUCUCCACUGUUUCCCGCCAACCAGAGGACGUCCGAUCGUCGCUCCACUGGAACAGGCGCGUCGUCGUGAAUUGUGGACAGGACAGAUACGACUGCGUUUGUCAUGCCACUGCACACCACACUCAUCCCUUCGUCUACAGGAACAAGACGCCUCUCUCCUUCUCCAACCUCAUCUUCGCCUCCGCAGGACUCCACGUCGAGUCAGUCGCAAGAUUUCUACAUGCUCGAAUCCAGUGACCGGAGGCGCAAGAAGAGUGCUGGAGACGUGUAAAAGUUUCCAUGUAAAUGUGGUGACCCAGACCGCUGAUUGCUCCACUAGACGCAGUACUACUGCGGCAGUCAUCCCCAGAGGAUCGCCGAAUCUCCUUCGAGAGUGUGUAACACUGCUGGAAGUGUGCAAUGUGGGGUUCAAGGAAAGGGCGGAGCCAGAAGAGUGGAUCAUGACCAGGUUCUCCCCUUUUCUUGUAGUUCCGGUUGUCCGUUUAGGUGAAGGAAUCGGGAGGAUGAGGGUGAACCGGUCUCUCUUCAUGAUCUGUGGGAGAUUGAGACAAAACUUGAAGUUUGCUCAUGUGUACAUUUUAUAUCUGUACAUAGGGUUGUGUGCAGGGCUUACACUCGAGCAGUGGGUAUUGGUGAAAGGCCAGAGUACUGCCCAGUGGCUCUCAAUCUGAGAGUACCUCACAAGGCCCAUGAGGAUGAUGAUGGCGAAGAAUCUCCUCAGCUCAUUUACAUCAAACAGACUCUUCGACCAGGGUCGAACUCUGGAGUGUGGAGGGAUGUCAUUGUUGUCAAUGUACUGCUGCGCAUGGAGGAACCGCACAACCAGACUGGAGUGUGUACUCCGGGAGUGGGUCGCAUCAUCACUGCUACUCUGUGAACCCACCUCUACAUUAGCCCCGACCUCCAUCUGUCCUCCACAACUGGCUGCACAUCUUCUGUUCUCUCUCUAGUGUCUACAUACCCGUCAAAGUCAUCCUCACUAUCACUUUCGUACUCUUCAUUUCCAUCUAGUUCACCGAGAACAUCUUCAACUGAGAGGGUUGCUCUAGUAGCCAUUGCUUCCAGGAGCACAGGGGAGGGGCUAGAUAUGGAGAACACUCGCAGAAAACGGGGAGAGGCUGGUCGUAGAGACGCGCGCGUAUCCGUCUGUCUUUGCGCACAUUAUGAAUAUUCAGCAGCUGUAAAAGCAGCCGCCCACUUCCGCUCGCGCGUUUUAGCGUGAAAAACUAUGAGGUAAUGCAAGGGUGUGUCGUCCGUUUGGCAGACGAAGAGAUCAGGAGCCAGAAAGAGG